AUGCCUCCCCCCCUAAAGACGUAUUCUUCAAACCCGUCAACCCCUCCUCGUGCCUCUGCACAGGACGGCACUGGAGCUUGGCCAUCUCGUAAAUUUUCUCUGAGGUCGUCAUCCCCUGUCUCGAGUGCGUCGACUAUCGACGACGACGGUGAAUCGUCUCCGGUGCUCCCGCCGCUUCAAGCGCCGACUCUACCGGGCCGGGCAUCCGAAUAUCUUCGGACGCCACCACCUAAUCGCGGCACCGAAGACGAUAGAGAGUUUGUCACAGCUAGCUGGGGUUCGCCCUAUCCUCAAGCCGAUAGUGGCCACCUACGCCGGCUAAGCUUCAGCAGUGAGACUUCGGAAGAGUUUCCUCUGCAUCAACUAGAGAUCAAUACACCUUUCUUGCGUCCGGCUCCAUCGACUAUAGUAACUGAGCUAGACCGUCCCUCAACAUCUAUAUCCCGAACAGCAGCUGUACUUGCGAAUCGUGCUCGGCGCCCCCUGCGCGGCAUUACAGAAGAUUGGAUCCGCCAGCAUACCACUAAGGAUCUUUCUUCCGAACAUCGUAAUUGGCUUAGUGACGGGACUGACGAUAGUGAGCACUCUUCAUUGAGAAGCUCCGUUGUAAGCGAAGAAACGAGUUCUUUUGAGGAGGCAGAUCCGAGGACCCCACGAGCCGACCGGCGAGCUACUCUUCAUCCGUCUCGAGCUUCUAGUCAAGCAUCUCGGCAUUAUCCGCGACAGCGCUCUAGUAACGAAACUUUAAAACAGGCGGCUUUGAACCGGCGUGUCACUAGCGGAACCGCAAAUAUGGAUGCGCUUGAGGUGGGGAGACGCAAUCAAGAUGCUGUCAGCAUCAAUACCAUAGAUUCCCUGUCGGAAGCAAUACCGAGCGCGGAAACUCCCAGAAGCGAUCAGCCGAGCUGGAAUGGGUCAAAUUCGGUUGUGCCUACUACUCCGAUUAAAUCUAUCAAACCGGUCCUAGGACGCACACCGCGACCCAAGAAGAAAGUGCCUUGGAAGGGAAAGAAUAUAUUGGUUUGCCUACCAUGGGACGAAGAGCGAGGUCAGCCCGGAAAGGCGCCAGUGCCUCUAAGUGCUUCGGAUGUGAAAGCAAUGCUACGUUCUUGGGAAGAGUUAGGCUAUGACAUUCGUGGUUUUGACUUGGAAGGACGUCAUGCUCCUCUGGAUCCCCUUGAAAGUUAUUCCCAGAGUAGGGGCGAGUGGCCUGAUUCGGACGAUAUUGCCAAUGAACGUAUCCAUCACGAGUAUCAAGUAACGCUGCCAGAUUUGAAUGCAUGGCGAAAUUAUGUUGAUGAGCUAAAUGAGGCCAAGCUUAGGGCGCUUGGCGUAUCGUCUGGCGACGACGAGCCUGUACCUCAGCCGUCUAUCUCUCCGUCCGCGUCAAAUAUGAGCCGCCAGGCAUCAAACCAGUUCCAUCAGUUGCCGUUUUCGCCUCCCAUUCCGACGUCUUCGGUCGCAAGUAAUGGGCAGCAACCGUUCCCUUUUGUACCCCCGUUCCUAUCCGGUCCUGGAUCGUCCGUGCAGAGCCCGGGUAUCGUAUCGGUUUCUUCUCCGGCUUCAUUCAACGGCCCAUCAUUGCCGGGCAAGUUUAACCCUCGCGCUUCGAUUUCAAUCUCACCGCACGAGCUUCCCUUCCAUUUCUCCAAUCCAUCUUCACCUCAUCCUUGGUCUCCACAAAUGUUAUUGCAACAACAACUUGGUCGUAGUGGCUCGCCGUCUGUUCUUAAUUUGAACUCUGUUAUGUCCCCUAAUUCGCCUUUCCUGCGUGACGGUAUAUCCUCGCCAAUUGGUGGUAUCCACUCGAGGCAUCAAUCCUUGCAAUAUCCCAUUCUUCCUCACCAGUAUCUGCACAGGCAAGAAUCGGCCAGAGCAUCGCCUCGAUUGCAAGAUUUGCGGGAAGAGGAAGAGGAGACUCAGAGCAAUCCUUACGAGGGCAAGAGCCCAUCGAAAACUCCAGAGCCUACUCGGUUUAUACGUCACAAUGCUAGUGCCAGUCUCCAAAAAGAGAUUGACGAUGCCGAGUAUCACUUAGAAGAACAAUUCCGCUCUCAACUUGAGCAUGAGGAUUACAGCCCCCAUAAUGAAUAUGAAAAGAUGAAAGAAAAUCGCCUAGCAGAAGCUGAAGUAGCUCCCGCUUCACAUAUGAGAGGGCCGUCUGUCCAUUUUGGCAACUUUGGAAAUGAUUCUGAUGAAGGACCGAAGCUUCACCACCCGCAACCACAUAGCCGCGGUCAUUCUCUCUCUCAAGCUCCGUACUAUGACGAGACACGGGAUAGUACUGACGAAGGGAGCUUUCAGAAGCAUCGGCCAGCUGCCCUUGAUCUGCAAAACGGCAGUAAUUCGUACGAAACUGAGACGAACCCAAGCAACCUGGGUGCCCCUAUCCAAUCUUUUGAUUUGGCAAACCAGUUUCACGAACGGUCAUUUUCGACAAUGAGCAAUCCUUGGGCAGAUGUUGAACGACCUGCUGAUAGUAAAGCUUCUUCGCGUCGCCUGAGUCAUGCUAGUAAACCAUCGCUGUCCAAGUUAAACGCUGGAGCAGCCGAAUUCAAGUUUAAUCCUACAAGUAGCUUCACCCCUGGUCAAUUUGUCUUCGGCAAUAACAACGCUCAGCCGAAUAGUUCCCAACCGACGACGUUUAGAGCUGGCGCGCCCUCCUUCACACCGAAAAUCCACUCUGCGACCUCCAGCCAUUUUAGCGUUCCUUCAACGUCAUCGUCAAAGGGCAAAAUUAAUGCAGCUGCUCCGGCAUUUUCUCCUCGCAAGAGCGAGUUCAGUUUCUCUGCAUCCGGACCCAAAUUCAAUCCUGAUGCUCCUGCUUUCCAGCCAUUGAAAUCCUUUGCUUCGUCGGUAACCAGCGCCGGAGCUUCUGGCAAUGAAAGCGCUGAAAACCGCCCAGGUAGCAUAUUUGGUAACAUUGACUUGAAGCUCUCUGAGGCUGCCAAUCCUGUCAAGAAGUCAAAGGCCGUUCCCAUCGUCCAACCGUCCAGUCAAGAUUCAGCUGCCCCUGCUAUGGGAAGUCGGGAUGAUCAAAAGACCGAUGCCAAUCCGAGCAAAAAGCAAUUUAGGGAGAGCAAUGACGAUGGUGAUAACGUCCCAUUAUUUGCUAAACCUACACCGGAGCCAGAAUUGCUACCACGGGUGCAGCCCAGCCCAACUCCUUCGGAGGCUGCUAACUCUGAAAAGGAUAGCACUAUUGUAAACUUCCACUCUAACAACAGAGUCGCAGAAGAGGAAAUAUCUCACGCAGCUGACAUGACGUUGGCAUCUACAAUCCUUUCCGAAUCUACUGAUGGGAAAUUGCAGUCCGAGUCGAAUGGCACGAAGGCAACUACUAGUCCAUCAACGACUUCUCCUGACAAUGACAAGGCCAACUGGAAACCUUAUGAGUUCAAGAAUGAUACAGAGAUCCAGGACUUCAAUAAUGCUAGACCGUUUGGUGAUGAGGAGCCCUCAUUUAAGAAGGAACACAAGAAGAGCCUUUCCGCCACGGCUAAGCCUUUUGUGCCUGGAGACUUCACUUUUGGUGCCGCAACUGAUUCUGCGCCUGCUCCGUCUGAUCCUAUUCUCAAGUCUCAGCCAGCUCAGAUGGCCAAGCCUGAAGAGGAGUCUGGCGAUGAUCGUGCUGGGUCUCCAACUCCCGGGCCAGAUUCUAAGCCUGUCGCCGAGCCUGAACCUGAACCGAUCGGGGUACAACAAACACCUGCAGAACGAACUGCUCCAUUCAACAAGGGUCUCGGUUCUUCGCGAUUUGCCUCGCCACCGCCUGCUCCAAGGGGAUUGGGUGCGUCAAGAUUUGCAACUUCUCCCUCCCCACAACCGAAAUCGGCUGGUUUAUCCGCUUCCCGGUUUGCUGCUACCCCUUCUCCAGUGUCCGAAGACAAGUCUUCGCAGCUUCCCGAAGAAAGCAUCGAUGAACAAGCUAGCGAGGUAUCGGAAUUGCAUAGCUUUGAGCCUCUGCCUGUUAGCCCGCCAUCGGAGCCUAUUGAAUCACGAGAUGAUACAACUCAUGAGCCUACGUUUGAAGAAAUUGACGCAGUUAUCCAACACCUCAACAAGAACGACCCGACUAUGGGAGUUAAGAGAACCAUAGGGUCUCCUCAAUGGUGUCCUAGCCCUGUGCCUGACGUUCCGGCUACUACUGUUACGAAUUCGCCACCUGUGCGUUUGCCACCUCAAGUUCCGUUCCGAUGCGAUGCCCCAAGCCCAAGCCCAUCUCGACAGUACCUUCCUUUGCCUAAGCAGGGUGUCAGUCCAAGGCCUUCCACCGAGCUUGAAGAUCCUUUCGUUGAUCCUCCAUUAAGCGGCGUUUCGCACUCGUUUGAUGGACCGGUACACCGACUUAAUAUUGGAGAGAGUUUACCCGAGAGCGAAUGGGAUGACGCCUUUAGUGCUAGUGAACAAGAGAAGCUGGGACAGCGUGUUCAGUACUUUGAUGGUCAUGUUAACGAUCUGGUUGGUGCUGUCCUUGCUUCCAGACUCGACCCUCUUGAGAAGACACUCGGUGGUAUUCAACAUGUCUUGGACUCCUUGGUUCGUAGAGCGCCAUCUAGCCGACGUGAUAGACGCAGUAUUUCUGCCGAAGUCCAAGAGAGCGAUGCGGAUGAUGAAGAUGACGAGACACCUGUACGCCGGUCAAUGAGUCCCAGAAGAGACAAGAGACUAGAACAAAUUCGGAUUGCUGUUAUAGACGCUCUGAAUCAACAGCAGUCAAUGCGUGGGCUUCAGACUACACAACCUGAACCUGUUGUCCAGGGUCCUAAUAAGGAUGAUUUGGAAGUUGUAAAGGCGUUGCAACAAAUGAAAGAGGAACUCAGUCAAACCCUACGGGUGGAUUUCCGUAGCGAAGAUCUCCGGUCCAUUGUGGAAGAGGUAAUGGAGCGCCGUAUGCCUCCAACCCCUCAACCGGCAAUCAAACACGAUGAGGUAGCAAACGCGAUGUUCACUGAGUUGCAAUCGAGGAUACUGGAGCUUGAGCAGCGCCUACAUACUGAGACGAGUAGAACCGAGAGCGAGCAUUCUAGAGUUCUUGAACUUGAAGAACGAUUGCGAGCCGAAGAAGCUAGAGGUGAGAAUGAGACGACAAUUAGACGCGGCGCAGAAGACCGUGCCGCUGAGCUUCGGCGACGGCUAGAACAAGCAGAGACGAAGGUGGAGGUCGAAAUAAUGAACCGCAGUAUUUUCGACCAGAGAAUCCAUGACCUGGAAGAGCGACUCAGGUUUGCAGAACACAAGACAGAGAACGAAAUAGCAGGUCGCAGGGACACUGAAGAUAGGCUUUCGGAGAUUCAACGACUCCUUCGCAUCUCUUCCGAGGAGGAGGAUCGUCUACGAGCCGUGCUUGAAGAGCGUGAACAAAGGAUCAAAGGCAUGGAGCAAUCGUUCAGCAAAGCCUCUAUGCGCAUUUCCCUCCUCGAAGCAGCGCAGACGGCUGCUGACCAGACUCAAGCGGAGCUCAAGAAUCGCCUUAACAUUUCGGAAGCUGAGCUCCGCGAGGCUCGACAAGAGACACGUCAUUGGCGUACUGAAGCCGAACAUGCAAGGGAGACUGCCCAUCGACAGACGGAUGACCUCAUGGAGGCCGUUAAUGAGAACAGACACAUGCAUAAGCUUAUCGAUACACUCAGCGUCCAGCUCAAAGAAAACGAGCGAAUUCGAGAUAGCUGGCGGGCUAAGUUCCAGUCUUUGCAGGAUGAUAUGGCCCAUGCAGCUCGCGAAAUCACGGAAGAGAAUGCCCGACGCCAGAAGAGAGAGCAAGCUCUCAUCGCGCGGCAGGAAGUACUUGAUGCCAGGCUGCAAGCUGAAGCACGGACUCGGGAGCGCCUCGAGGCCGAAAUUGAAAGAUUGGAGAAUGGUGAGCGGGCUGGCCUAAGGGCUGUUAGCGAAUGCAAACGACUCGAGGUAUUGCUAUCCGAACUCCGUGACGACAAUCAUAAUCUCCAGCAAAAUGUUCUACGGUAUCAGAGGGAAAUCCACGAAGCGAGAGAAUCGGCGGCUGCUGAAGUUCAGCGUACGCAGACUUCUUUGCAAGCCGAACUGGAAGCCGCCAACAACGAAGUUAACGUGGUGCGCGAGGAACUUGAAGAAGACAUUAAUAAACUAAGAGCCCAGCUAGAUCAAAUCAGAAUGGAUGCGGACACUGCGAAAGCGCAUCAUGAGAUGAUGCUCGAGGAAGCCCAAACAACCAAGCAGACCGAACUCGAAGAUGCCGAGAAAAAGAGGCGUGCUGAACUUAACGAGCUUAUUAAGAAACACCAAAAUGAGAUCGAAGAUCUUCAAGCCCGAUACGAGCGACAGAUCAACAACGCUACUGAGGACGCACAGCGCACAGAACAGACCCUCUUGGAACGACUCAGCCUAUCGACUUCUAAGACUGAACAUCUGCAAGACCGUGUCGCUCAUCUAGAGGACAAGUUGCUAAUCGCUCAGGAAGCUGCCAGAGCGGCAGCACAAGCAGCACAAGCCUCCAAGUCUGUUAGUGCGCCUGGACCUGUUGCCCAAACGAAACAGCUGGCAGAGGCUAUGCAACUCCCCGAGAAGGUAUCCCCGCAGGCUCUCCGUGAAUCUAUCAUGGUCCUACAGGAACAGUUGCAGGCCCGUGAGCAGCGGAUUGAAGAGCUCGAACAAACGGUUGAUAAGCUUGACCCUGAUGCUGCUUCUAAGAUUUCCAAGCGAGACGACGAGAUUACGUGGUUACGUGAACUUCUGGCUGUGAGACAUGGAGAUCUCCAAGACAUUAUCAAUGCGCUAUCCGCAGACCACUUGGACAGAGAAAGCGUUAAAGACGCGGCUAUACGCCUCAAGGCAAAUCUUCAAAUGGAAGAACAAGAGCGAGAGCGUGCUAUGAAUGGCGGCUCGGCUAUCAGCUUUCCCAAUAUUGCCGCUACAAUUAGGGGCGCGGCAACUCCUCGAGUAGCACAAGCUGUUGGACCUCUGGCUGCCGCUUGGGGAAGUUGGCGAAAGUCGAACCAACCUGCACUUAACAGCCUCUCCAAUGUUUUGUCUUCAUCCCCGGCACCAGCAAGAAACUCCACGCCUUCGAAAUCGAAUGUCACAUCCCAGAAUAACUAUCACUCUGGUCUCAUGACUCCUCCGGCUUCUAGUAUUAGAAACACCCCGCCGGUACAGCAGAACCAGGUACAACCUACCGCAUUUGGUACUACCGGUCGUCGUUUUACCGCUGAACAAUUUGCCGCCAGAUCUCAAGGACAGUCAGCACGGCAAGCCGAGAAGAUGCCUAGGAUAAAUACUCCUCCCCAACAGGAGCGUCGCCAGCCCAUAACUCCUCCAAUGAUGCGAUCUGGCGCAUACGAUUCAGACGCGCAAGUGGAAGAGUUUGACGAUGCUUCCUUCUUCAAUGAUUGA